GUCUCGGCAACGCGACGGGCGGCACCUCCAAACCAGAGCUGCCGCAGCUUUGCAUCAUUGGCUUGGCCCUCCCUCCCAGGUCCCCCAACCUUCAAUCCCUCACCUCCUCCCGCGCUCUGCAGCACAACGUCACCACCGCUGCCCCGGCCGCCUUGCGCGCAAUCGAUUACCUGCACCGACGCCGUAACAUGCAUUUGACAUAGCGAGCCGAGCCCACGACGCCCUAGCAAUUUUUUCCACGCGGGUCCGUCGAUACUGAGAGACAGAGAGGAGGAAAGACAGAGAGAGAGAGAGCUACAGAGCUGGCCGCACCUCGCGCGCGAGAUAUGAAGUCGCCGUGAGCAUGGCCCCCAAGGUCGUCACCGGCGUGGUGCGCGGGCUUGAGGAGUCCCAGAACCAGCGCGAUGCCCGCGUCGAGGCCCUCUGGGCCAAGCUUGACCCGGCUCGGACGGGCGAGCUGGACCUAAAAGGCCUGAAAAAGGGUUUUCGCAGCAUCGACCAUCCGCUCAAGAAUGCCGACGACUUGCUGGCCAAGGUGAUGGAUGAAGUGGACACAAAUCACGACGGAAGAAUACAAUAUGAAGAGUUUCGCACGUUUGUCGAAAAGGCGGAGAAGCAACUCUUCCUGCUGUUCCGAGCCAUCGACAAGGAUGGCAACGGAAAGCUCGACCAGGCUGAGCUGCAAACUGCAUUUCGCGCUGCUGGCUUGACCGUGUCGAACCGGAGAAUGGGCGAGUUCUUUGCCGACAUGGACAAGAACAGCGACGGAUACGUUACCUUUGACGAAUGGCGGUACGUGCAGUUUUUGGCCCCUGCGAUCUUUUUUGGGGGGAGGCGCUGCAUUUAUUGUUUUUGCACGACGCUCGGCCAAGUUCUGGUCGCGGGUCGUCUCGCGUGCACACGGUCAUGUGUCACAUGGUGUCGCAAGGCACCGCACCACGACGCCCCCCCAACAGGUCAUCGGCCUCUGGCAGUUGUACCACAUGCCUCUAUUUAUGACAUCGUCCUGUUCCAUCGAGAUCAAAGGCUGACGGCUCUUCAGAAACUUCCUCCUCUUUAUGCCUGCGCGCGAAUAUGACUCCCAAUUACGUGCCGUGCUCUCGUACUACGAGUCUGUCGUCAACGUCACGCCAGAGGGCGACUCCACUGUUAGCGAGGAAACCUUGGAAGGCCUAGGUAUGGGCAGUUCCUCAUAUUACUCUCUUGUCUACUCCCUCUUCGGCUCGCUCCUAAGAGCUGGCUUCCCUUCACCGCAACCGACAAGUCCGCCGAUAUCACCACCACCACCACCACCACCUCCACCACCCACAAAGCGUGAAGAAGUGGAUGAGACGGGAGACGUGCUGUCGAAGCAAACACAGGGAAUGGACGCUGCGGAGGCGACUGCGGAGACCGUCGUCGACGCAGCCGCGCCACGGCGCCGAGAGCCGAUUGCAGACGGCAGCGGAGAGCAACGCGGCGAUGGCACCCCGCAGGACGGCCUUGAAGAGUCUCAUUCUGGCACAAAAGCCGCGCGAAAGAAGAAGUUCGUGCUGACAGACUAUGCGCCUGAUCCAGGUUACUUCCUCGCGGGUGCCAUCGCCGGGGGUGUGUCGAGGACGGCCACAGCGCCUCUUGAUCGUUUGAAGGUGUAUCUGCUCGUCAACACCAGGAGCAGCUCGGAGACGGCCGGCGCGGCACUCAAACAGGGACGUCCGAUAGCCGCGCUGCAGAAUUCGCUGCGACCCAUCAAGGAUGCCGUACGGGACUUGUUUCACUCGGGCGGACUCCGCGGCUUCUUUGCAGGAAAUGGCCUGAACGUUGUCAAGAUCAUGCCUGAGACGGCCAUCAAGUUUGGGUCCUAUGAGGCAGCUAAGCGAGCUUUGGCGAAUUUUGAGGGCCACGGCGACCCCAGGCGGAUCAACUCGUAUUCCAAGUUCACCGCAGGCGGUGUCGCCGGCAUGAUCGCACAGUUCUGUGUCUACCCACUCGACACGCUCAAGUUUCGCCUUCAAUGCGAGACGGUCAAGGGCGGCCUGACGGGAAGCGCUCUCGUCCGCCAAACGGCUAUCAAGAUGUAUGCCGACGGCGGGGUCCGAGCUUGCUAUCGAGGCGUCACCAUGGGCCUGGUGGGCAUGUUCCCGUAUAGUGCCAUCGAUAUGGGCAUGUUUGAGCUGCUCAAGAAGUCGUACCGGACCUACUACGCGAAACGCACUGGCUGUCACGAAGACGACGCGAACCCCGGCAACAUUGCCACGGGAAUGAUUGGAGCGACCUCGGGCGCCAUUGGCGCUACCGUGGUGUAUCCGCUCAACGUGGUUCGGACGCGACUGCAGACGCAGGGGACAGUGAUGCACCGGGCGACGUACACGGGCAUCUGGGACGUGACGACAAAAACCGUCCAACUAGAGGGCUGGCGGGGCCUCUACAAGGGCCUGACGCCGAAUCUGCUAAAGGUGGCCCCGGCACUGAGCAUAACGUGGGUGGUGUACGAGAACUCGAAGCGGAUUCUUGGGCUGCAUUGAUGGGCCCGUUUGAGCGUGCAUGUGAGCGAUGUGAGCAUGGGGAGGAGUAUAUACGCGAAGAUCCGUCUGGGGCAGUGGGGGAACCGCGGGCGCCGCUUGGAAGCGCCACAGCCCUACGAGGCGACAUCAGCUGCCUGCUAGAUGUCUGCUUCCCUCUGCUUGGAUGGCCAUGGCUUUGGCUUAUAGGAAAGGAUUUCGAGAGUCGACCAAGAUUCGACGACAAAGGGAGGCGGCGGGUGUUUGUGAUGGACGGAUAGAUGUAUGGACGACGGGUCGGCAAGAUCUGUCACUGUGAUAUCCCUCAAUGUAUAGAGCCAUAUCAGGAGCCCAGAGAGGCCACGGCAAACCUCGAGCAGGUCAAGAGAGGCAGCCUCCAAGUUGACAUGUUGUUGCC